CAAACGCUAUGGCGGUAUUUUUAUAGAAAGCCUGAACAAAAAUUGUGUUUUUUCUUUACAAUGGCAACGAAAAUUGACCAGAAGGCGUACUUAAAACGGUAUCUUUCUAACGAUAAAGAUAAAAAGAAAAAGAAGAAGAAAAAGGAUAAAACGUCUGUUGUAAAGGGCAAUGUGAGAAUCAUCGAUGAUGAUUUGGAUAUAUCGAAACUGCAGACCAUCCAGGAUGACGAAGUGGAAUUGUUCGGACUUGGAGAAGAAGCACCACAAGUAGUGGGCAUCAUCGAUGAUCGCCCUCCUGAACUUCGUGCCAAGGAAGACUUCAGUAGCAACAAGUGGAAAGUAUUGGCGACAAGCGAUGGGUUCGACACGACGUUACACGUGAAGGACGUGUCCAAACGGACGGAUGAUUCACGCAUUGGUAAUAAGUCGACCGCGGAGACAGAAACUACGACAAGAAGAGGGAGGAAAGAUUCGGAUGAAAGUCCGCCACGCAAGAGUGGCAGAGGAAACGAAGAUUCUGAUGAAAACCCCCCAAGAAGGAAGGCCCGAAACACGCGGGAAGAUUCAGAUGAGAGUCCGCCUCGAAAAAACAAAGCUUCAUCAAGUAGAAAAGUAGAAUCCGGAUCAUCGUCGAAGAAGCACUCUAAACAGUACGAAUCCAAUGCUAGCCCACCGAGAAAUUCCCGCCGCAGUGAUUCAGGUGAAAGCCCUCCACGAAGAAGAAAAGCAAAAGCGUCUGAUUCGGAUGAAAGCCCUCCUCGAAGGCGAGAAGCCAAACUGCCUGAACGUCGUAAACAGCACCGCGAUUCUGACGAAAGUCCACCAAGGCGUCCGCGUGAUAAGCAGCGUGACAAGCGAUCCCCUAGACCACGCCAUCGUUCUCAUGAUUCCGAUGAAAGUCCACCUAGACGGGAACGUUUGCAAGACAAACAUAAAGCACCCAUCCGGCAGGAUAGGCACCGCCGAGGCUCUGACGAAAGUCCACCUCGGAAAAAUCGGCAUCAAACAACCGAUGAUCGUUCGCAUCGUACUGACAAUCGUUUCAAAGAAACGUCCGCGGAGAAGUCUCGCCGUAGGCAUGAUUCGGAUGAAAGUCCUCCUAGGCGCAGUCGAAAUGACCCCGGUGAGGGCCCGUCCCGUAGAAGCCCCGCUAGAAGAUCGCCUGCGCCGCGCAUCAAACAAGAAAAGAAUCGAUCCGAUUCUGAUCUGUCUCCGCCAAGGAAACCGUCUCAUUCGAGGCGGCGAGAUUCGGACGAAAGUCCAACUCGCAGACGACCUGACCGACGGGAGCAGUCUCCACGGAAUGCGGAACGUAAUCGACGCCGGAAUACGCCUCCACGAAGGGAAUCGCGUGAGCCACGAAUAAAGAACGAACGACGUUCAUCCUCAGAUGUAUCGCCACCGAGACGGAUGACCAAAACGCUCGACGGUAAACGAGCGGGCUUACAGGAUGCCCGUGCGUUGCGCGAGGAAAACGAAAAACACCGGCGCCGUGAAGCGGAAGCGUUCGAGAAAAUGUCCGCCGAGCAUACGGGUCGGUAUGCGGAAACCGUCGUGCGGGAAAAAGGCGGCCGCCGGCGGGACGUCGAAAAGGAGCUGCGAGAAGAGUUCGAAAAACGCAAGCAGGAAGAGAAACAGAAGGAACUAUAUGCUCGCUGGGGGAAAGGCGUGAAACAGGUGGAGGACUACACCGCUCGUCUGCAGGAAGCGGCCCACGAAAUGCAAAAACCCUUGGCACGGUACGCCGACGAUAAAGACCUGGACGAGUACCUCAAGCAGCAGGAGCGGGCCGGCGAUCCGAUGCUGGAGUACCUGCGCAACAAACGGAAGGAGGAAAACAAGAAGGCCGGCAUACCGGAAAAACCGACCUAUCAGGGUGCUUUUCCAGAUAAUCGGUUUGGCAUCCGUCCCGGUUACCGAUGGGACGGUGUGGAUCGCACGACCGGAUACGAAAAGCGGUGGUUCGCAGCACAAAGCAAAAAGAAAGCGACUGAGGAAGAGGCGUACAAGUACAGCGUUGAAGACAUGUAA